CCUCGAGUGGUGGGCCACGCCCCUUUUAAUAAGCAAAUUUGAAAGACAUACUUUGUUUUGUGACACAGUUUAGCGUUUAAUUCUGGUGACAUUGCCCGAAUGGCCGAGCGACGAGCAAAGUAGAAAGAUGAGGAGCACGGACACGGAGACGAUCAUCAAGGGCUGGUUGUCGGAAUGCCAGCGGACCAGCCAGGAGGACUUCUCGACCUUCGCCAAGUCCCUGUCCGAGAACGAGGAGACGUCGACGGCCAUUUUCCGGGUCCUCGAAGACCGCAUCAAAUACGCCGAAAGCAUCGAGCUGGUGGUCGGGCAGCUGUACAGUUUUUACCAGAGCCAGAACAAGAGUCUGCAGAGCUACACGCUGCAGUUCCUGCCCUCGCUGGUCUUCGUCUGCCUCAACUGCGUUGCCCACGGCGAUAAACAGACGUGUCCGACGGUGGAGACGCUGCUUCUGGGCAUGUACAACCAAGAGUUGCUCGACAAAAGCGGAAAGCCGCGCGUCUUCAGCUUCAGAAUUCCUUCGCUGGCGCAGGCCUCGGUUUACCACGAGCCGAUGAGUUUGGCGCCGGCGAGCUUGACCGAGAGCGCCCUUCGCAGGCUGGAGGAGUGCAACACGCACCUGGUGCAGAAGGGUCCGUACCAGCCCGAGGAGAAGCUGAUCGGCCAGAACAGACUGUCCGUCAUCUCGGCCCUCAUCUUCCUCUACAACUCGCAGCUCUCGACCAUCCCGGACGCGGCCGUCGAGUUCCUCUGCAAGGCCGUCUCCAGGUUGGUCACGCAGGGCUUCAGCAAGCAGUCGUCCCACCAGCGCUCCUCGUACGACUCGACCCUGGUGCCGCCGACCCUGCCCCGCAUCCCCGUCAACUCCGAGUUUCUGCUCGAACUCCUCACGGCCAUCCACCACGCCCUGUACACCCCCUUUUCGAGUCUGGCCACCCAAAGUCUGGACGACGUCCACUUCCGAGCGUCCCACGAACUCCUGCCGGACGUCCUGCUCGUCACAACCGCCAUGAAAAACUUGCUGCACUCAGCAGCUCCGGUGAAUGAGACGGCCGUGUCUGCGAACAUAAGUCCGGUGCUGAGUGGGACGGCGGCGGCCACGACGGUGCACAAGUCGCUGAUCACGAACGCGUCGUUCCGCACCAAGAAGUUGCCAGACGACAUUCCGAUUCAAGAGAAAAAGGAGGAGGCGGAGGGGAAGAACCUGGAGCCGAUUUGCGAGGAGAACGCCGAGGUGAAGAAGGGCAUCAAGGUGGGCAUGCCUAAGUUGCCCAGCCUGGUCAAGAAGCGCACCUCGUCCGAGUCCAAGGCGCCCAAGAACAAGAAGAAGCUCGAGCAGGAGGAGCAUAGCGACGAGGUCGUCUUCUCGCCAGACUCGGACUCGCAGGACGGACAGACCGAGGCCUUCGACCUCAAAAACCUCAGGGACAGUCUCGUCUAGUUAAAAGGCUUCUUUCCAACACCCCCCAGAUCUCAACUUCUCUGAAUUGUAUUUCAAGUUACCAUUGUUAAUUAUUAAUUUAAAACGGCGUUGCAGAUAAGCAGAUUUAAAUAAAAUAUUAUGAAAUAUAUUAUAUUGCGGCAGUUUGAAAAAUAUGCAAAUCUUUAAAUGAAAAAUAAACAUCCUAAAAUUGGUAUUUUUUUGU